AAGUCACAGGGAAGGGAGAGACACAAAAAGGAAGAGAGAGAGAGAGAGAGAGAGAGAGAGAGGUUGGAUUCUUCAUAAAGAUCCUCAUUCAUUGACACUCUGACCUGCACACAGGAGCUCCCACAGCCACCUGCAGCCACCUGAGCUUCGGCUACCACAGGUCCUGCCACUGGAGUCAAGGAUACAGGAGACCUAAAAGUGGCAGCUCAGCCCCAUCUCCCUCCUCUUUAUCCCACCUCGCAGGCUGUCUUUGUGUUUUCCUGGGACGUACAAGGGGAAGGGAAGAGAAACAAGGGAACCGCGGAGGAGCAGAGGCAGGCAGGAAGAUGCACAUUAACCGAGAGCUUUCCACCAGUAAAGGAGCUCCAACCAGUGAGAUAAUCCUAGUCUCCGGUGCCCUCGCACUCAGCCUGAGCAUCACAAUCGUCAUGUGCGGACUCUGCCAGUGGUGCCAGCGAAAGCUAGGGAAGCGCUACAAAAAUUCUCUGGACACAGUAGGAACUCCAGACUCGAGCCGUGGCAUUCGCAAUGAGAAGAAAACUUUAAAUGAUCUAGACAAAGACUUUUGGAAUAACAAUGACAGCACAACCCACCAGAAAUGGAGCUCAUACCCUCCAAAGGAGUUUAUCCUAAACAUUUCACCUUACGCCCCUUAUGGUGACCCAAGGCUGGCCCUCAAUGGAACACUAUUGUCUGGUAGUAAGUCUGCUGCAUGUGGCACCACUGGUUUACUGGAUAAAGAUGGGCGGCUGGGAGACAAGCAGUUUCGCAGUGAAAACAUGAAGAUCAGCAUGUCUUCCCAAAGCCAUCAAAUCGAGCCAGGCCUGGGGAAGCCGGGGAGAGGGAGAUGGCACACCGUUCAAAGUCACUUGGCAUCCGGGAAUCUCAGUCGAAACAAUUUUGAAGACCCUACUCUGCCAGCAGCCACCACCCUCGAUCAUAUCCCCAUCUCCGCGGGAGACGUAAAGUGUCAGCGCCCUCGCACACUGCUACGCCAGCAGAGCCUCCAGCAACCUCUUAGCCUCCAUCAAAAGCACAAUCACUACCAGCCAACCACCAGCCAGAGUCUGGGGCAGCUACAGCUGCAGCAACAACCUCCAUCAUCCAGCAGCAGUAACACCAGCAACCCCCGCUCCCAGCGCACGGGCCAGAACAGGUCCCCAGCUUCAGCCGGAUCCAAGUACAGGCCCGGCGGCAUCCGGAACCGAACCAACCCAGGCAGCUGGGACUAUGUGGUUGGUCAGAUUCGCAAUCAUGGGCUGGACAUGAAGUCUUUUCUGGAAGGCCGCAUGGUGGUGCUGUCCUUGGUGCUGGGUCUCUCCGAGCAGGACGACUUUGCCAAUAUCCCUGACCUGCAAACAAAUGGGUCUCAACAGAAUCAGAAUACUCAGGGAGACAAGAGCAUUAAAAUGUACAACACAAGUGCACAGAAAGUAACAAACGCAAAAUGUACAACACAACUGUCUCCUGGGUCAGAUGACGAAGAUGGCCAUGACAGCUCAGGACGGGAAACACUUGGUCGUAUUCAGUUCAGCGUUGGCUACAACUUCCAGGACUCCACUCUUACAGUUAAGAUCAUGAAGGCCCAGGAGUUGCCGGCCAAGGACUUCAGUGGAACCAGUGAUCCAUUUGUGAAGAUUUAUCUGCUGCCAGACAAAAAGCACAAGCUAGAGACCAAGGUGAAGAGGAAAAACCUCAACCCUCACUGGAACGAGACCUUCCUCUUUGAAGGAUUCCCAUAUGAGAAAGUGGUGCAGAGAGUCCUGUAUCUCCAAGUCUUGGACUAUGAUCGAUUUAGCCGUAAUGACCCGAUCGGAGAGGUGUCAAUUCCACUUAACAAGAUAGACCUGACACAGAUGCAGACGUUCUGGAAGGAGCUGAAACCGUGCAGCGAUGGCAGUGGAAGCCGAGGUGAGCUGCUGCUGUCUCUGUGUUAUAACCCCUCAGCGAACUCUAUCAUUGUCAACAUCAUCAAGGCACGGAAUUUAAAAGCCAUGGACAUCGGGGGCACUUCAGACCCAUAUGUGAAGGUUUGGCUUAUGUACAAGGACAAGAGGGUCGAGAAGAAAAAAACUGUGGUUAUGAAGCGGUGCCUAAAUCCUAUCUUUAACGAGUCCUUCAUCUUUGAUAUUCCCACUGAGAAACUUAGAGAGACCACCAUCAUCAUAACUGUCAUGGACAAAGACAAGCUUAGUCGUAAUGAUGUUAUUGGCAAGAUCUACUUGUCUUGGAAGAGUGGUCCUGGAGAGGUGAAACACUGGAAAGAUAUGAUUUCCCAUCCAAGAACAGCUGUAGCACAGUGGCACCAACUCAAGGCCUGAGCUGAUGGCUCUUCUGCACUCUGUGAUCUCCUGCAGUCUUCGGUUACCUCCAACCAACUCUUACUGUCUGCACAAACACAGCCUGCAGGCUUGUAUAAGGAACCGCCAGCUUGGAACUCUGGGUAACAGGAUGCCCUGGGGCCAGCUUGUGCCACCUGCAGCUCCUCCACAAGGAUUGUGAUCCAAAACUGUCCUUAUAUUUGUCAUCCCUGGCACAGCUGCAGUUUUCCUUCUGGCCUCACGAGAUGCGGCACCUCCCAACACAGUGUUACAGAGACGCUGAGAAGGGCAGAGCGGGAUCAUCCCGUGAGAAACCUCUCAAGGCUGCCAAGCCUGCAAACUUUCCAUGGCUUCUACAAAUACAUGCCAUCCACAGAGGCACCUUAGAGUGCGUAUGGUGGUUGUCAAUGUUACAAGUCACUUUUUGUAGUGGUGCGAAGGUGCGAUGAACCCUAUCAUUUUUUUUUAGGGUUUUGUUUUCUUUAUUGAAAGAGAUUAAGAGCAAUACCUGUGUUAUUGCGAAUUAGAAACCUCCUUGGUGGUACGAGGAGGUAGAUUUAGGGUGGAUUCUGCUCCACAGGCUCUUUGCCAUACGUGUGUGGUUGUUAGUGUCCAGUGUGUGUAAUGCAAUGUGUGCGUGCGUGGGUGCGUGUGUGCGUGUGUUUUCUCGCAGCUCACCCCAUAACUUCUAUCUUCCCUUGGCGGGCUGGUAUGAUGCUCCGGUGCACCUGCGUAUCUUCAUACCGUGUUUCUUUGUAGCUUUCUCUGACAGUUGCCUUUUUCUUUUUUUUUUUCUUUUAAAUUCUGUUUUUCACUGAUUCAGUCAUCUUUCUGAGUUUCACUAGAAAAAAAUAUUAAAAGUGUUUUUGUUUUUCGUUUUUUCAAAGUCACAAAGAAUAUUAUGUUGAAUCUCUGGCCUGAGGUUAGAUUUGUAGAGUGUUGGGUAGUCAUCUUGUUGCUGCCAGCGGAGGCCCACAAUGCAUUGAGCCCAGCCCUCUCUGGCACAGGGAAGUUUAUUGUUAGAGCCGAAGAGGAAGCAGCCCUUGGGCACAGCUCACAGAGCUUAGUAUUUCCAGCCUCCUGGAAGGAAGGAUGAGACGUUGGUGCAGUCCCCUUCUUUUCUGGUGAUUGUGUGGUGUAACCUGUAUGUAUCAGGGCCCCCCUGCGUUUUGAGCAUCACCAGCCAUUUUGUCUUCCAGGAUGAGGCCUUGGAUAUUCCCGGGGUCUCUUACUCUCCAGGCUCCAGAGUCCCAUGUAUAAAGCUAAAACUAACUGAGAUGUAAGUAUGAAAAGCUGAUUAUGGUGUCUGUGUGGAAAAGAAGGGGGAUACCUAAUGUACUUCUCGCCAGUUCUCAUUCUGUUUGAGACAAAGGAUAAAAUUUAAAAAAACUUAAAUAAAUGCUGUAAAAUUUAUACACAAGAUGACAGUAAUGUCUUUUAUACCCCUGGGGUCCUGCUUCCAGGGUCUUAGUAUUUAUGGCUGAGAGCUAAGAUCUCAGCGUCACCUAGCACUAUCUAUCUAUCUAUCUAUCUAUCUAUCUAUCUAUCUAUCUAUCUAUCUAUCUAUCUAUCUAUCUAAUCAUCUGUCUUUUGGAAAGACAAUGUAUAGCAUUCCUUGGUGAGACUCAGUACUGUACAUUGUUUAAUGGCUCUACUUGAAAGUCUAUCCCCCCCCCCCUCCCCAACUACUAUUGAAUUGAAGACAGUAAGAAUAAUAAAACUAAUCUUUUAUCUAA